AUGUUUAAGCAUAAUGAUAGUACUAAAAUGUUACGAAUCCCUACAGAUAAAAAGAAAUUAAAACUAGUGUUACUGUUAACUUGUAUAGCAUCAAUAGCAGCCGAUGUAUCACAUUUAUUUAAUAAAUAUUUACCACCACCUUCCGCUCCCGUACCAAAUUAUAUAGAACCAGCACCAGCACCACCAGCACCUAUACCAACAUUUGCACCAGUUCCAUCUCUUCCGGCUCCAGUUCAAACUUAUGUUCAACCACCCCAUGCUCCGGCGCCAGAAUAUGGUCCACCACCACAACAAGAAUAUAUUCCACCACCACAACCAGAAUAUAUUCCACCACCACAACCACAAUAUAUUCCACCUUCACCACCAAUAAGACAACCACAUCCAGAAUAUUUACCACCACCAGUACAAUCGGUACCAUUACCAGCUCCAGCGCCAGUAUUUAGACCACAACCUCAAAUUCCAAUAUCAACAUAUAUUCCACCUCCACCUCCACCACCACCAGCACAACAAUUUAUUCAAACUCAAGAUUCUGGUUAUAAUUACGAUAGACCAAGUACUACAUUUAUCUCUUAA